AUGGCUGGUCCUUCUCCUACCCAUCUCUCACCCCGGGCCGCCGGCAGUCCCAUCCUUCCGCCAAACUCAUCGCUCAGGCCGAGCCCUGUCAACGAGGACAGCAGCGCCGACGAGGCUACUGGGUUCAUAUCUCAUACGCCGCCUCUCAAUUACAACUCGCUUAAUGUUACAAGUACUGCAACCUCGGCCCCGCAGAUCCGUAAACCAUCCCUACGCCAACGACCAUCUUCCCAACAAAACAAUGGUGCUGCCCAGAACCCGGAGACUACUCGACAAGCCAAUUCGGAGAGUGGGAAUACAUCGUGGUGGCAAACUCAGGCAGAGAAGUUUCAGUCGAUAGAGCUGGAGAACAAAGGCAGCGUUGCCCGAGAUCACCUCGCCAUCGAACGAACAUUUCUAGCAUGGCUUCGCACAUCUCUCAGUUUUGCAUCCAUAGGGAUAGCAGUGACACAGCUCUUUCGUCUCAAUACGUCUCUCGAAAGCGAGCAUGGCAAUAACUCUCGGAGCAACACCCAGACGCUACGACAUAUGGGCAAGCCGCUUGGGACCACGUUCCUCGGUAUCAGUAUACUAAUUCUCUUCCUUGGCUACAAACGCUAUUUCCAAUCCCAGCACUGGGUCAUGCAGGGAAAGUUUCCCGCCAGUCGUGGUACAAUCAUGAUUGUUGCGUUUGUCGCCUUGGCCAUCAUGGUUGUUUCUCUUGUGGUCGUCAUUGCUAUCCACCCGUCUGAGCAUGAGCUAUGA